UUGAAUAGUUCAAGGAGGUAAGGUUUAAGUAUUCUCUGAUUGUAAAAUCACUCCAUCUCUUUGACUUUGAUAUAAUUGAUCUUAUAUAUGCAAAACACCAGCAUGCCAGAACUAAUUACCUAAAUAUACAUUGCUACUAUAUACGUUGGUGUAGAUCUGAUCCAUGGGCAACACUUGCACAUGUAAACAGGUGGGUGAGCUGCCAUUGCUCAGAAUUGACUCCGUCCUUCUCGGAUUCCCUCUGCCGCUGACAAUCAGUUAAUUCUUGCAGUCUAUCUGGUGCUCCUUCUGGGAGCUAUCGGGUGAUCAGUAACAUACCGUAUCAGCAUAUGUUAUUUGUGUCUCUUAUGCACUUCACUUGGUAGAUCAAUUAAGUGCAGCAUUUAUGUACACUAAUGGUAUUUUAUUUGAAUGUAAAACAUUGAUACCCAAUGAGCCGUUGCCUUUAACGGUUGACUAAUUCAUUAAUGAAGCCAUGACGGCCGUUUUCUAUUACAUGUAUGGUAAAUAUGAAGCAAGAAAAAUAUGAGUGAAGAAAAAUGUGGGAAGUGCACGUCAUCCUGUAUUGUUAUAUUGUAUUGUACAUUUCAAGAGAUGUGAUGAAUUAUGUACAUUAUAUGCACAGUAUAAUAUUCUAAAGCACCAUGUGGCCUUGCUGAAUUGCUGACAAGUGUGUGAGCCAUGCAGAAGCGCUCAACUCCUCCUCCAGCAUCAGAAUCCUCCCCGCUGGUUAAAAAUGCAGCAGUCACACUGAAAUCAACCUCAGCAGACGUGUAGCCUGAAGUCUGGUGACCUGCAAUUGUCUGGGACGAGUGCUAACCAAAACUAAAAAUGGCAGAAAAUUGUAACAGCUUGAAGCCUGACAUCUUCAGUGAUAAAGCCUACAUGUCAAAAAGAAGCAUCAGAAAGACCUUAAUUAAUAAAAUACGUUAUGUUCCCAUUGAGAGGGAACUCACCGCUAAUGCUAAGGAAUCAUCGUCCUCUGCUGGCUGUGAAACACAGCAGGAAAUGAAUGAGUGUAAAAAUGUUAGUGUUAUCCAGGAGGUUGGAUCUAAGCCUGAGGAAGUGUCCAGCUUUGCCGGCCUGGGGCUGAAACCUGAGGAAGACUGGACUGAGUUUGAGUUGGCACCAGCUCUAGAAACACAACAGGACACCACAGUAGAUAAGACUGUAGCAAAGCAAUCCAGGGAACACGAGCCAAAUUCAGAACCAAAACAAACCGGCAAGCCACAUUAUUUUUUUGCAGCUAUGAAGAAGCGGUGCAUAGAGGGAGAUGCAGAAAACCGCCCGUACAAGUGCCCUUACUGCAGCUGGGCCUUUAAGAAAUCCAGCAACCUACUGAGCCACAUGGAGACACACAGUGGGCUGAAGCCACACGUGUGCGAGCUGUGCGGAAAAGCCUACGCACAUCAGGGCACCCUGCAGCAGCACAAGCGGCUACACACAGGUGAGCGGCCCUACAGCUGUCCAUUCUGCGAUAAGACCUACACAUGGUCCUCUGACCACCGCAAGCACAUCCGCACACACACUGGCGAGAAGCCGUACAUAUGCACAGAGUGUGGCAAGGAAUUUGUGCGCUCAUCAGACUUGCGCAAGCAUGAGCGCAACAUGCACACCAACAACAAGCCCUUCCUGUGUCGUGCAUGUGGCAAGACCUUCAACAAACCUCUAGCACUGCUACGGCAUGAGCGUACGCACCUGGGUGAGCGGCCUUUCAUCUGUCCAGACUGUGGCAAAACCUUCGCUCUUCCCUCCCGUCUGGCUGAGCACCAGAAAGUCCACAGUGGUUUGAGGCCGUACGUCUGCCCCAUCUGCACAAAAGCCUUCACUAAGUCCUCAAACCUGAAUGAGCACCUGAGUGUUCACACGGGUUUCCGUCCGCACACGUGUGGCGAGUGCGGUGUGGCUUUUGCCAUGCCUUCACGCCUGCUACGGCACCAGCGUGCACAUGCAGCCCGACGACUGCAGCAGGUCAUUCAGUUACCAGUUUAGCACUUGUGUUCAUUCAUUACUUAGUAAUAUUACCUCCCAUUUUAGCAAUACAGCUACAACAGUAAUUUACCUAACAUUUUGUCUCUUUAUUGAUAGGAAUAUAAACAAUCCUGUUGGAGCCUCUUCCCUUCCAUAAUGCGAUACUGCUAAUGACCAUUGGGAUUCGAAAAUUAGACACAAAACUCAUUUUAAUAGCUUACAGGGUUCCAACAGAAAAGUGAUUGCCUUCUUUUUAAGAGAUUGAUUGUUCAAAUCCCAGUGAUCAUUUAUGGCCAGAAUCCAAAGUGACUUUUCUGUGCAUCUUUAUUAUAACCUCAACAGAAAAGGGGUAAUUUAUGUGGCACAAUUUUUCAAACCUAAUGUACCUUUUUAUUUUAUAUAUUUAUUCUAUUUUGUUUUUGUUGAUCUGUUUAGCAUUGUUUUGUAUUUUUUUUUUCCAUUUGUAUGUAUUAUGUCUUUAUAUAUCAUUAUAGGUAUAGGUUUCUUUGACUUGACCUCUGAACGCACAUGUAGCCUGACGACUGCCGCCAGUUUAAUAUGUGAUUCGUUUUUGUUAUUCAUUCUGACAUUCAGACAAUUUCUUACUUACUUUUUUUGUUGAGCAAUGGUAUUUUUUCUCUGUCUAAUGGUUUCGAAAUGUAGAUGCUUACAAUUUUUGUCACCUCCUCCACCAUUGCAGUAAAUCUUUCCUGUCAUACCCGGUUGGCGGAUAUCCAUUCUGAGCCAUGCCUCUGUGGAAGCCUCUGAGCACGUGUUCUGUACUGCUAUUAGCACAAAGUUAAUUUAAGCCAGUUUUAAACCCCACCAGG